AUGAGGAAUUUCUGGUGUUUGGUCUGCUUGCUCUGCUUUCUGUCUGUAGCGGUGAAGGCUCGUUCGAGCGAGAUCGUCGAUGCUUUGCUUUCGAUAGCUAGCGACUUGGGUUACUCGCAGGCAGUUGCAGAGACUUGGAAAGGGACUGAUCCCUGCCACCCCCACUGGUAUGGCGUUUUCUGCAUAGGAGGCCGAAUCGACGCGAUCGACUUGAUAGGAGAGAACCUCACAGGAGUGAUCUCUCCCCGGUUUGCGGAGAUCACAUCUCUGCGUGUGCUCGACCUUUCGCAGAACCGUCUCACCGGCACCAUUCCCUCCAAGCUCACGAGGUUGAACCUGACGGUCCUUGAUCUCUCGGACAACCAGCUUCACGGGAAAGUGCCUCCAUUCAAGAACACAGUUGUAGAAUUCGGGGGGAAUCCGGGGAUUGAAACCGACGGCAUUGAUGUUGUUCCGUGGCAGAGAGGUAGCAAGACACCGGGGACUGUUCGUGGACUGUCCAUUGGGAUCAUAGUCCUCAGUGUUCUGCUCAUCGUAGGAGGAUGCUUAGUUCUGUACAGAGAGAUGAGAUGA